GUCCCAGCAUGCACCGCGGCCGCCAAGGAAGGAGACUCGCCGCCAUGUCAGGCCCCGCCGCCCGCCCCUGCUGCUGCUGAGUGCCGCCGCCGAGUGUCGAGUAUAACCGUUCAGGAGGGAGUGUGUGAGUGAGCCAGCCCGCCGCCGCCAUGGGAGAGGACAGGGACAAGGAGAAGCCGGACAAAGAUAGGGAAGAAAAGAAAGAAAAGGAUCGGGAUAAAGACAAAGAUCGUGAUAAAGACAAGGACCGCGAUAAAGACAAAGAUAGAGACCGAAAGAAACGCAGCCGCUCUCGGUCUCGGGAGCGGCGGAAGCACAAAACAAGGUCUCGGUCACGAGGGCGUUCAAGGUCACGCUCCAGGUCAAGGGAAAGGAGGAAGUCUAGGCGUAAGAAGCCUUCCCUCUACUGGGAUAAACCUCCUCCAGGCUUUGAGCACAUUACUCCUAUUCAGUAUAAGGCAAUGCAAGCUGCUGGGCAGAUCCCCUCCAAUGUCACUGUACCCUUGAUAGCUCCUCCAAGUGCUGGUCAGGUGCUUUCAACGUCUACAGUAGUUCCUUCCAUGCCUGAGGCUGUAGCCGCUGUGCCACAGCCAGUUCCUGUUGUUGGCUCCACCAUCACCCGACAGGCCCGCCGCCUCUAUGUGGGUAAUAUUCCAUUUGGUGUGACAGAGGAAGAGAUGAUGGAGUUCUUCAAUCAGCAGAUGCAUCUUGCAGGUCUUGCACAGGCUGCUGGCAAUCCUGUGCUUGCUUGUCAGGUGAAUUUGGACAAGAACUUUGCAUUUUUGGAAUUCAGGUCAAUUGAUGAAACAACACAGGCUAUUGCCUUUGAUGGCAUAAACUUCAAAGGUCAGAGUUUGAAAAUAAGACGUCCCCAUGACUACCAGCCAAUGCCAGGAAUGUCGGAACAUCCCACUCUCACAGCCAUGCCGGUUAUAGCUGGUGUAGUUUCAACUGUGGUGCCUGAUUCGCCUCAUAAAAUCUUUAUUGGAGGUCUACCAAACUAUCUCAAUGAAGAUCAGGUCAAGGAGUUGCUUAUGUCCUUCGGUCAGCUCCGCGCCUUCAACUUGGUGAAAGACUCUGCAACUGGCUUGUCUAAAGGAUAUGCUUUCUGCGAAUAUGUGGACGUCAGCUUGACCGACCAGGGAGGCGCGUGUAGGCGCUGCACUGAAGGUGGAGGCUGGUGUGGUGCAGGUUCGCAGGCUAUACAUGGUUUGAAUGGCAUGCAGCUUGGGGAUAAGAAGCUUGUGGUGCAGCGAGCAAGUGUUGGAGCAAAGAAUGCUAAUGCCAUGGCUCAGGCACCUGUGCAGAUUCAGGUUCCUGGACUUCAGUUACAGAGUGGCUCAGGACCUGCCACAGAAGUUUUAUGUCUUAUGAAUAUGGUAAUGCCAGAUGAGCUGAAGGAUGAUGAGGAGUAUGAGGACAUUCAGGAAGACAUUCGUGAGGAGUGCAGUAGAUACGGCAUUGUGCGCUCAGUUGAAAUCCCUCGACCUGUUGAAGGAGUGGAGGUUCCUGGGGUAGGAAAGGUGUUUGUAGAGUUCAAUUCUGUAUUGGAUUGUCAGAAAGCCCAGCAAAACCUUACUGGACGUAAGUUUGCUAAUCGAGUUGUUGUUACGUCAUACUUUGAUCCAGACCGUUACCAUCGACGUGACUUCUAAGCAAUGCUUCCCUUAAGUGUUCACUAUAUCAACUGCAGCAGUGAAACUAGUAAUAAACAGGAACUAAUCAUUAUGUGAAAAUUGGUGUAUAGUCAUAUUUCCUUAUGUAGUUUUUUUAUUUUUUUUAUUUUUUCAAAGGAUUAGUUGGUGUGCAUAAUUUAUUAGUAAGUAAUGACAGUUAAUUUUUCUACUGUGGAGUAAAACUUAAUACUUUUCUGGAUCCACAAAUUUUGAAUAGAUUGUAAUUGUAAAAAAAAUAAGCGGUGUUUUCCCAAUAGCUUAAGCAACUUCAUUAUUUCAAAACACUUGGUUUGCUGUAAAAACCUCUGGUAAAAAUCAUUGAAUGUUUGUUCACUCAUUGAAGUACAUCCAUACUAUGUAGUUUCUGAUUAAUUGCAUACUAUCUUUAUAGUAUAAAUAUAUCUUACUAAAUUUUGUCUCAAUCACAUCAGGUAUCCUUCACUUCCUUAAAAAAAUGUAGUAGUUUUUACACACACACACACACACACACACACACACACACACACACUUUUUUUCUUAGGAAUGAUAGUAUUUCCUUCAGUAUCCCAAUAUAGUUCAAAAUAUUGCUGUGAACGUAAAAUUUUUCAGGUAAACACUUUGCUGUUACCUGCAUGCACCCUCACCUAGCACUGUUACAGCAAUGUGGCAUAUGUUCCUCAAUUUCAUAUAUGGCAAAAUGAAUACACUCAGCAGUUCAAAAGCUUUGUAGAAGAUAACUACUAUAGCAGCAUGUCAUCACAAUGCUUUAGGUGUCACUGGAAGUGUUGUCAGACAUACAUCUUGGGAAAUUUUAGGUGGCUGAAGAAGGAAAAGGUUUUCAGGUGAUAUUUGAGAAUUGGACUUUUCAGGACUUUUAUACUGCAGUAUUGUUUCAAGACCUGAAAGGUUAAUGCCUAUUUUCCUGUUGUAGUGAACUGCAUAUAUUACAACAGCUGUCUCUUGCCUGAAGAAGAAUGAGGUGCAUUGAGGCUAGGAAUAUUAGCAGACUCAUUUGAUGGAGUCUUGUUCAACAUAUUUGUGAAAGUUAACACAACAGGUAGGGAGUAUCAUGCUAUCAUGUCCCUUUGUCUUUGUCCUUGUACUUACUGCAGGAUGUUGCUUACUGACAACUGUGUACUUAUGGCAUUUCAGCCAUAGAUAGAAUAUGAACACCUAAGUUUUCUGGCUGAGAAUUCAAAUAUGAUGGAUCAGAAACCUAAGAAAUGAAAGACGUGAAAAAAAUUGCGAUAAUUAUUGAUAUCAUGAAAAGGCCUGCCUCAUGCAUGCAGUGAUGACAUCCUUGUUGAUACUCCCUAGGGUGAUUUUUCAUUAAUGGUUUUCUCUUUGUGAUGUAUUUUGUUGCACUUCUUUUGUGUGUGUUGAGGGUAAGGGGUAAGGAAAAGUAUGGACUGAAUAAGCAGUGAAGACAGACUUUAGGAAACCUUCAUUGUACUGGAUGGAUUGGGUGUAUAUUGUCAAAUGAUAGAAACUGACUGUCUGUUACAUGUAAAUGUAACGGAAUAAAGCUAAAUAUACAUGCAGACAAGA